AUCAGAAAGAAAAGGCGAGCGGAGGAGGAGGUGCUAGUUUAAUGUAAUGAGUUGAAACUGGGCUGUUUUGAGGAGUAAAAAAGUUGUUUAUUCUACUCUACUGUCUUCCGACCACUGGAGCUUUGUGUUUACUUGGGAACUAUACAAAGUUGGAAGAAAUGUAGGGACUUUUUGGCCGCUUUUGUCGUUGCCUCACGAUGGAGGAACCUGCGACAAGAGAGUGUGAGAUGUCCCUGUCAGACGGUACCUCGGAGGACGAGAUGCCACUAACGUUACCCACAGAGGGCAGCCUCAGUGGGAGCAUCAGAAAGGGAUGUGAUCCUUUCGCCCAGACUCAGCGCAGUAAACUGCAGCACCGGCGAGCUCGCAUCAACCAGCAGAUCAACAAGGAGAUGCGCAUGAGAGCAGGAGCAGAGAACCUGUUCAGGGCAACAACCAACAACAAGGUGAAGGAGACGGUGGCUCUGGAGCUCAGCUUUGUCAACUCCAACCUGCAGCUGCUCAAAGAGGAGCUGGAGGAGCUCAACAGCAACAUGGAGGUCUACCAGACAGACAGUGAGGCUAUCAACGUUCCCAUGAUACCACUCGGACUUAAAGAAACCAAAGAGGUGGACUUCACAGUUUCUAUCCAGGACUUCAUCUGUGAGCAUUAUGGUGAGGACAGCUCUCUCUACAACAAGGAGAUCAAGGAGCUUAUGGAGCUCAGACAGGCCAUGCGUACACCCAGUCGUAACCAGGCCGGUCUGGAGCUACUGAUGGAGUAUUACAACCAGCUGUACUACCUGGACCAGCGCUUCUUCCCCCUACACAGGAACCUGGGCGUGCACUUCCACUGGUACGACUCCCUGACAGGCGUCCCGUCAUGUCAGCGUACGUUGGCUUUUGAAAAAGGAAGUGUGUUGUUCAACAUCGGUGCCCUGUACACACAGAUCGGAGCCCGACAGGAUCGAUCUGCAACAGCUGGCAUAGACCGAGCUAUAGAUGCCUUUCAGAGAGCUGCAGGUGCAUUUAAUUACCUUAAAGAGAAUUUCUCCAACGCUCCCAGUCUGGACAUGAGUGGUCCGUCGCUCUGCAUGCUGGUACGUCUGAUGGUCGCCCAGGUGCAGGAGUGUGUGUUUGAGCGCGUCACACUCACCACUCAGGACACACACUUCACUUCCCAGCUCCGCCUGGCACAAGAGGCUGCGAGGGUGUCAGACGUCUACUUGUUAGUGCAGCAGACCAUGACGCAGCCUCUGAUGAAGGACUACGUGCCGUUUUCUUGGGCGUCCAUGGUUCAGGUCAAAUGUGAACACUUCCGCGCCCUCUCACACUACUACGCUGCUGUUGCACUCUGCGAUCACACGUUGUCUGCUGAGGAGGAGGAGGAGGAGGGUGAUGAAGCAGAGAAGGCUUUCCUCCAAUUCUAUGUAAGCGUUCCUGCAGGGCCACAACUCAGCCACGUUUUACAAGACCCUGAAAAAAGAAGAAAACUUGGUAAAGCUCACCUGCGGCGUGCAGUAAUCAGACACGAGGAGGCCAUGCGUGUCCACAGUCUGUGUAAGAUCCUGAGGAAGAUGGACAUCCUGCAGGACGUGUUGUCUCUCACACACAAACGCUCUUUGGACAAGUACUCUGAGCUGGACAGAGAGGACGACUUUGAUGAAACCGCAGAGGCUCCAGAGAUACAGUCUCAAACCCAUCAGAAACCAGACAUCACUCCAACCAACUUUGCUAAAGUCCAAGUUACUGAUAUCUUCCAAAGACUGGGGCCUCUGUCAGUGUUUUGUGCGCGGGCUCGCUGGGGUCCGGUACGCGUGAUCUGCCUGCUGAGGAGAGAAGGUGGACUGGGUCUCACGCUCAGAGGAGACUCCCCCGUCCUGGUGGCUGGAGUGGUGCCUGGAGGCUGUGCAGCGGAGGCCGGACUAAGGGAAGGAGACUACAUAGUAGCAGUGGACGGAGAGGACUGUAAAUGGGCCAAACAUGGCGAGGUGGUCCACAUGCUAAAGAGCUCUAGCGACAGAGGAGUGGAGCUCAGUGUGGUCACAUUACACUCACAUGAUACACAGCAGGUGGAGAGGAGGGCCAUCAUGCUGUCCCUCGGCAGCGAUAAGGAAAACACUCGGCAGCGUAUGCUGGGUGGAGCUAAGGGCCAGAGCUCCGCCUCCUUGUUGAACUGGAACAGGAAGAAGAAGAGGGAAGGAGGCGGGGUCACUAAGAGACUAGGAAGCACUUUCAGUUUGUCGUUUGGAAGCAUCCGAGACACUGAGUCCAUGUACUGAGACAUGAUUGCAGAGGAACCACUCAGGGAAUCACAGCAGUGGAGCACAAGGUACGAUCAGGACCGCAUUCAGACUGACAGUAGUGCUGCACCAGGCAACACCAGCAGGGGAUGCUGCUGCUGCAAAGAGAGCUCUGACAAAAAAGCACACGGUUUGUCCAGUAAAACUGUUGCUGGCUUCUUUUUUUUUUUACUACAGCACAGUCCAAUGUAUCUGGCAACUUUGUUGGCUAAUCAAAUAUGUGGACGCACACAUACCAGGUAGAACACCUUCUAACUUACUAAACUUCAGUAAAAUGUAGCUUUUUACUAAUUUUCACUUUGCAAGAGUGAAGAGCUUACUAUUGCUGCCAUGAUCAUUUUUUAAGAGUUGAACAAUCCUGCCUCUGAGGAGGAUGCUGUACUGCCUUGGAGUUGAACAUUGACACAGAAGGAAACAUUUUAGAUGCAGGAUGCUAUUAAAUCAUUUAGAGACAGUGCUGCCAUGCUGUUGACUGACAAAAUGUGUGACGCACAUGUGAUUUUUGAUGCACAUCUAUCACCGGUUGGACUUCUGUGGGCGGCAGGAAGCCAUUUUUGAAUAUUAUUGAACUUUUUUCAGCAAACAACUGAGACUAACAUCCAAACAACUAGUAACUAGUGAAUAAGUACAUUCAUUUUGUCUCAAUUUGCAUACUUCUAUACUUCCACUUGCUAUUUUGAUUACAGAAGUGCGUUCACACUGAUGGCAAAAUGCAGUGCACUCUAAGUACCCAGAUGUUGUACUCAAAAUGGUCAAAACAUUGAGUGUGGAACGCUGGACACUUCUCACCCUCAGCAGUUGGCAUCUUUGCUACGUAGUGGAAGGGGAAGGACCACCAACCUAUUUCAAACUUGUGUAAAUGGCCAGUGAGGAAGCGAUUGACACGGCGAACACCAAACUAAAACAAAUAUAUGUGUGUUUUUAGUACCAACUAUACUGUAGUGGGAUAGAAGCCAUUACUGGGUUAAUUUAUCUGCCUGAAUUGAAUUAUUGGCGAUACGGCGUGAUGUCUGUUGAUCACCAGCUGGUCUACCGAGCUUCCAGUGAGUGCACAACAGCCGUGUGCAAUUUGAGACAACACUACCAUGUCGAAAUUCAUGCACUAUACAAGUUAGUACAUAGUGUACACAGUGUACUACAUGGAAGUGUACAAACGGAAGUAUACGAAUUGAGACACAACUCUAGCCUUUAAGUCUUAAAGAUGCUACCAGCUCGUGAAUGUUGACAUCUGAUUGGAAAACACAAUUUUUUCUGCUUUUGUUCUAACCCAGAUUCAAACUAGCAAUCUUAAUCUGAUGUUUUCGGAGAUAACUCUGAUCUGGAAUUGGGUUUAUCAAAAAUAUGACACGUACACGCCUGUUUGCAUCUAUUCUUUGUAUGACCACACACCAGCGACAUUUUCCUUUUUCCUAGGUUGAUGCUUUAGAAAAGCAUACAUUUUAUCACAUGGGCUAAUGUAAUGCUACGUGGCGCAGCUGGCAAAAUCUUAGUGGGAAAAAUGACUGAAAGCUCUUUUACUUAACUUUAAACAAAACAUGUAUAGUAACAUUAAUGUAAUGGAUAUAAAAAGAAUUGAGAGGGCAAAGCAGAAUUAAAAGUAUUUCUUGUGUCUUAUAUUAUCCUUAAGUGGUCUCUGAGGUUACAGAAUACUCUUAACAGUCACCUGUUUAACCACUGAAGUGCUUCAGAUUUCAGUUCAUCCACUCAUACUUUACAUUGUACUUCUACUAUAAGUAUGAUGGAGAAAUGUUUGUUGUUUAGUUUUGUCAUUUUUAGAUGAGUAAAAGCACUUCAGAGGAUUUGCUCCUACAGUAUGUUUUAUAGUUUUGGUAUUUUUAAUGCACUGUGAAUAUUAAAAAGGACACAUCUGUUAAUAAUGUAGUUCUGACUUGAUGUUUCAAUAAUGAACAUGAAACACGCACAUAGAGAGGUUGUGUGUGAAAAUUUUGAAAUGAAAUGUGAUACUGCGUUGUAUUUUUCAGAGGAGUUUUGUAUCGUCUUAUAUCUAUUGUGUCCUUAAUAGUUUCUGAGAACGGUCCAGUCACUGUACAGUUUGUUACAGUCAGCCAAUAUUAGGAACAAUAGAGGAGGAUGUUAGUAGAAAAAAAUAAUGUUUCUUUUAAUUAACAUUGCUUGAACUGUUUGUAAGAUUUUGAGAUAACUAGAAAUGUGAGAGUUGUAGCACAAUACUGUUUGGUCCAGCUAAACAAUAAUGCUGAUUUCUUUUUUUUUGCCAUGGCCUGUGUGUUUUUACUUUUUCUGUACAAUGUUUGUGCCAUGGUGGUCCAUAGUGAUGAGUACAGAAAGCCAGAGGGGACAAACAAUGAUUUCUCAUGUUUUGUUUUCACAUGAUCACAAUAUAGUUUUGUUUUAUUGUAUUCAUCAUAAAAAAAAAAGCUUACCCAUUACAAAAAACAGUGUUGACAAUUCAAGCCAAGAUUGCAAAACAGUUGGAUCUUAUGUGUUCUCAUAUUCAUGAAAUUAAUUUCUGAUUUCAAGGAAACAAAUGUAUUAUGUUUGAUUUUGUUGAAGGUAACCUUCUUGUUUGCCGAAGAAAAACUGGUACAAUCUUUCCUGUUCAGCUUUCUGUACUGUGUAUGUGUGUGAGUGAGUAAAUGUUUGUGAAGAGGAAUAAUUUUUUUUCCUUCCGUUUGUGUUUUUGACUAAAUAUCUGACCAUCCCUUAAUGACUGCAUUUGGGGAUUUGCACAGUAUUUUUUCAAGUAUAAAUACAAUAAAAGUGAAUAAUGAACUA